AUGGAGGUCCAACCACCGUCGCAUGAGGCGGCGACUCCUCCUUUUCAUUCUCACGAGCCUAUCGUGCAUCAUCAGCUUCCACUCGAGCCUCUUUACGGUCCCUGGCUCCCGAGUGAGCAGGGUUCAAUCCCCGCCAGUUUGCUCCCAGACGUCAUCGAACCGACGCAAUCUGCCCAGCAGGACAUCGCGCCCGCGGUUCAAGAGCCUCGGCUACCAGAAAUCGCCUCAAAUGAUCCGCCUGCGACUCGCGAAACUCCGUCUGCCUCUUCAAACCCUCAGCUGCCAGCAGAUAGUUGGGAUGCGAGCUCGACCCUUAGUGAACCAGGGCCCAUUGAUUGUCCAAUCGACCACGACUAUGACGGACCUCAAGGCCACAGUGUGCUGCGGCUCAAGCCAACCAUCGACCAAUGGAACGACUUUCCCGCCAUUCUUGCCUCUGCCAGACAUCUCGGGGCCGAUGAAGAUGGCUGUUUCAAAGUGAUCCUCCCGCAGGAGCUGCAUGAGGAGCUUCCAGAAAAGAAUUCCCAAAAAGUUGCAGCAAAUGCCUACCGGCCCACCCAGAUCAAGAAGAACAGCUUCUGGCGAGUCGACACUGUCCCUUCUGAGGGCACCUUUUCUUCCGGCGUGACGGGUCCAGAAUGUACCGCCAGUGCUCUGGACGCCAUUGACCAGCUGAGAAAGAUGUUCCGCAAGAAUGACCACAAGCAGAUCCGCAAUGUUCGUUAUCGGGUCGAUGUUCCUGCAUGGACCACCGAGCAACGAAGGCAAGCGGGUGUUCCAGAAAAGAGCCCCAUACAUCCUCUCAAAGGAGACAAGCUGGAGAACACAAGAGCCAUUAUCCCUGGGAUUCACACGCCUUAUGUGUACGAAUCAGGUCCGCAUUUCGGAGCGAGCUUCCAGAUUCAUGCCGAGGACUUCCGACUCGUCUCUCUGAACCAUCUCUACAAGGGCCGCAAGAUCUGGAUCGUGGUUCCGUCCACGGCAGUCGACGUGGCCGAGGAAGCUCUCGGCCGAAAAGGCAAAUGCUCGCAGUUUAUGCGCCACCGGGCUGAAUUCUUUUUCCCUCAGAAGCUCGAAAAACUGGGCAUCCCCUUUCGCAUCGUUGACCAGCGCCCUGGCGAGACCAUAGUGAUUCUGCCAGAUGCGUAUCACGAGGGCUUCAGCACGGGAUAUACCAUUGCCGAGGCCAAGAACUAUGCCGACGAUGCAUGGACUACCGACACAUAUCAACCAUGCGAGAUCAAGUGUCAGCUCGCCACGGCAAUUCCGGCCGAGCUACUGAGACCCUUGCAGGAGGGCGAGACGCAGCUGGAUCUCUGCGCCGGUUACGAACUCAUGUCACAACAAACAACACCAGCACCAGUUACAACGCCGGUGCCGAUGCCGGUGCCAGCGCCGGUACUGGUGCCAACACCAUCUGAACCAGUGAAGCGGCGUUAUGAAGGCGAAGAACGGGAUAAUGGCGAUAUCAAACGGGUCAAGGAAUAG